GGCGUCAGACGCCGAGGCCCAGAAUUAGACUCGCUUUGGCACGCACGUCCAGACUGACCGUUGGCGUCAGGCACAGCAUCGACUGUAAGUGGUGAGAUUGACGUAACCUGACGGACGGUGGUACGAAUCGUGCAUAGUGCCCUGUCCGCUUCUUAUGCACUUCCUCUGCUUGGACUCAACGUCGGGAGCCCCUCAGCGUCAACUCGAAUGCGAUGAUUCGUCUGCAUGCCAGCCAAAUUAGCGCGAUCCAGACGCGCGCCGGUGGAGCACUUCCACUGCCGUUCAGGGGUGGAGCGACGGUUGCUGGCGCCACGAUGUGGACAGCGGGUCCGACAGCGACCAGACUAGACGUUUUCUGCUGACGCCGUCCCUUUCCAACCGUCCUCCUCCCCAUCAUGACAGUCCGCCUGCUAGCCUCGACGGACAUCGCUAGCAGGCUGCUUGUGCUAUAGUAUCGAACUAUAGUAUCGAAUACACGGCACCGGGGCCGUCACCAGCCUCAUGCUCCCUCCAUCCGCCACGGCGAUCCUCCGCCAUGCCUUGCACCAGGCCCUGCGCUCCCCCGCGACGCUCCUGCGCAGGGUCUUGCUCGUCGCCGCCCCGCUGGCCGUCGUCCUAACCGUCUACCUGUACCUCUUCCCCGUCUUCGCCGGCUGCGGCUUCCCGCUACCGCCUGAGGCCGACGGCAGCAUCCCGAGCCCCAACGCCGCCUUCUGGGAGACGGCCAAGCUCCACUACCCCGGGUCGAAGCAGCUGCCGCCGCGGCCGGCACACGCGAACGCUAGCGAGGAUGCAGGCUCCGGAUCCACGCCGCAAAGACCGAUACUGCCGGCCAACGUGCCGCUGAAGAACGCACCGUUCCGACUGCUCGCGCUGGGCGACCCGCAGCUCGAGGGCGACUCGUCCAUCCCCAACACCUUUACCGAGUCGCUGUUCCCGCACAUGGGCAAGGUCUGGCGCGACGCGACGUUCCAGACGACGCACUACUCGCUGCGGUGGCGGAUCCGGCAGAUGGUGCACGACCUGAUCGACGUCUUCUUCCUCGACGUCUUCAACAACCUCGAGUCGGUGCGCAAGCGCAUCGACCUGUUCGGCAACGACUUCUACCUGGCGCACAUCUACCGCACCGUACACUGGUGGACGCGGCCGACGCACGUCACGGUGCUGGGCGACCUGCUGGGCAGCCAGUGGCUGGACGACGACGAGUUCGACCAGCGCGCCGACCGCUUCUGGGACCGCGUGGUGCGCGGCGGCGAGCGCGUGCCCGACGACGUGGCGCUGUACCCGGCCGACGAGUACGACCUGGCGGGCUACCUGCUCCGCGGCGGGCUGCGCAACGAGUCUGAGGCGGCGUGGACGCGACGCAUCAUCAACGUGGCCGGCAACCACGACAUCGGCUAUGCGGGCGACAUCAACCAGGACCGCAUCGCGCGGUUCGAGCGGCGGUUCGGCAAGGCCAACUACGAGCUGCGGUUCGAGGCGGCCAUGAGCGAGGGUGCGGCGGCCACCAUCUACGACGCCGAGGCCAACCCGUCAUCGGACCGGCUGGCGCCCGAGCUGCGCAUCGUGGUGCUCAACAGCAUGAACCUCGACACGCCCGCCAACUCGUCGGAGCUGCAGGACUCCACCUACACCUUUAUCAACAGCGUCAUCAACACGGCCUCGGCCGUCGAGUACCUGGGCCACUUCACCGUGGUGCUGACGCACGUGCCGCUGCACAAGCCCGAGGGCGUGUGCGUCGACUCGCCGCUCUUUGAGUUCCACGACCACGACGGCUCCCUGCGCGAGCAGAACAUGCUGUCGGCCGACGCCAGCAAGGGCUUCCUCGAGGGCAUCCUGGGCAUGAGCGGCGACACCAUGGCGCCCGCCAACGGCCGCGGCCGCCGCGGCGUCAUCCUCAACGGCCACGACCACGAGGGCUGCGACACGUACCACUUCAUCAACCAGUCGCGCGGCGACUCGACCGUCGACCGCUCGUGGGAGUCGCGCCGCUGGGCCGACGUCCUGGGCGCCGACGCGCCGGGCCUCGUCGGCCGCCCCGGCCACCCGGGCGUGCGCGAGAUCACGGUGCGCAGCAUGAUGGGCGACUUUGGCGGCAACGCCGGUCUCUUCAGCGCCUGGUUCGACGAGCAGGCCUGGGAGUGGCGCUUCGAGUACGCCACCUGCCCGCUCGGCCGCCAGCACCUGUGGUGGUUUGUGCACAUCAUGGACCUGCUCGUCGUCGUGGCCGCCGCCGCCUAUCCGUUGUUGGCGCUGUGGGAGUCGUUCAGCGCAGCCCCUGUCAAGGCUGUAGAAGCACCUGUCAAAGUCAACAGCGUCAAAGCCAACGGCAACGUAGCUGCGGUUGUGGCCAAAGAGCCAAAAAUCAAGGUGGAGGAGGAACACAACGGCCACGCUCUUGCCCCUAGGACGAGGUCGUCGCUAUCCCGCAGCCCAUCCAUGGGCUGAGCUCAAUACUUGGAAACGCCCUGAGACGGCCCUUGAUUUUCUAUACUAAUCAUACCCCUGAGCCAUCUACAUGUCAUCGGCUCUAGUUUAGCUUUUAUGUAUCAUGCGAUAUUACAUCGAUUUAAAAGCGGUAG